CGCCGGCGCUGGCCUCUGUGCGCAGGACGGAGUCGGACGAGAAUCUCCAGCUGCGGCCGGGCUGGAGGAGGCGACGCUGGGUCUCAUCGGGAUUUCUCUCUUUGCCAUCUCCUUUUGAAAUUUUCUUUUGCAGCUCGACGAGAUGGCGUCGUUGUUACGCAUCUCGCUUUCGACGCUAGAGUUGUCGAGCAGCAGCCGGGGGAAGCUGCUAUGCUCGGUCCGAGGCCUUCGAACUCAUGCCCGCCUCUGCGAGAGUGCCAAGGAAGCAGAGCCCAUCAAGGGGAUCCCCUACAAGAAUAUGACUAUUGGUGUCCCGAAGGAGGUCUGGCAGAAUGAGAGGAGAGUGGCUUUAGCCCCUGCUGCUGUGGCUGCCCUGAGCAAGAAGGGUUUCACUGUGAACAUAGAGAAUAAUGCUGGAGUGCUGGCAAAGUACCCCAAUGCUGCCUUUGAAGAAGCUGGUGCAAAAAUUGUGGAUAGGAAUGCAGCUUACACAUCUGAUAUUGUACUCAAGAUCCGCCAGCCAGCCCUUGAGGAGGUUGACCUGCUGAAAGAUAAUGGCAUGUUGAUUUCCUUCCUGUAUCCUGCGCAGAACAAGGAACUUCUGGACAAAAUGGCAUCCAAGAAGAUUACUGCUUUUGCCAUGGAUUGUGUGCCAAGAAUAUCAAGAGCUCAGGUGUUUGACGCACUUAGCUCCAUGGCCAAUAUUGCAGGUUACAGAGCUGUUGUCGAGGCUUCAAACCACUUCGGUCGAUUCUUUACUGGUCAGAUUACUGCUGCUGGUAAAGUCCCACCUGCCAAAGUACUGGUCAUUGGUGGUGGUGUAGCUGGCCUGGCUGCCGUAGGUCAAGCUAAGAAUAUGGGAGCCAUUGUCCGUGCCUUUGACACCCGAGCUGCUGUCAAGGAGCAGGUCGAGUCUUUCGGUGCAGAGUUCUUGGAAGUGAAUGUUAAGGAAUCGGGUGAGGGAACAGGUGGUUAUGCCAAGGAAAUGUCAAAGGAAUUUAUCGAGGCAGAGAUGGCUCUGUUCGCCAAGCAGGCAAAGGAUGUCGACAUCAUUAUUUCGACUGCUUUGAUCCCUGGAAAGAAGGCUCCAGUUUUGAUCAAGAAGGAACACAUUGACCUCAUGAAGCCUGGCUCUGUAGUAGUUGACUUAGCAGCUGAGGCAGGAGGCAACAUCGAAACCACAGUCCCAGGUGAAGUGUCUGUCUACAAUGACGUCACACACAUUGGCCUCACUGACCUGCCUUCCCGCCUGCCUACUCAGUCUUCAUUCUUAUAUGGCAACAACAUCUCGAAGUUCCUCCUGUCCAUUGGUGAGAAGGACCACUUCAACAUCAACCUUGAGGACGAGGUUGUAAGGGGUUCAAUCAUCCUGCAGAAUGGCCAGCUGAUGUGGCCACCUCCACCUCCACCAGAGCCUUCCCCAGGAGCUGUCCCUGCUGCAGCUGCAGCUGCUCCUGCGGCAGUCAAGGAGCCCCCUCCACCCCCUAAUUACUUCAACAUCACAAUGAAAGAUGCCCUCAUGUACACAGCUGGUUUGGGCAGCUUGGUGGGCCUUGGCAUUGGUUCCCCCAAUGCUGCUAUGACCCAGAUGAUGACCACCUUCGCUCUGUCUGGCAUCGUUGGUUAUCACACUGUGUGGUCUGUCACUCCUGCUCUUCAUUCUCCUCUUAUGUCUGUCACCAAUGCCAUCUCAGGUAUUACUGCUGUUGGUGGUCUUCUGCUAAUGAGUGGUGGUUACUACCCCACUAAUGUCAUUGAAGCUUUGGCUGCCUCUGCUGCUUUCAUUUCCUUCAUCAACAUCUUUGGCGGCUUCAUUGUUACGCAGAGGAUGUUGGACAUGUUCAAGAGACCCACUGAUCCUCCUGAGUACAACUACCUGUAUGGCAUCCCAGCCACUGCCUUCCUCGGUGGAUAUGCAGCCUCUGCUGCAGCUGGUUAUGCUGAGAGCCACCAGAUGGCCUACCUCGCUGCCUCUCUGUGCUGUGUGGGUGCCCUUGCUGGUCUCUCCAACCAGGCAACCUGCAGGCUGGGCAACACCCUUGGCAUGAUUGGUGUGUCAGGCGGUAUAGCAGCCACCAUUGGCCAGCUGGUGCCAGCCCACCCCGUCCUGAUGCAGAUGGGUGGAGCAGCUGCUCUUGGAGGUGCGAUUGGCUCCACCAUUGCGAAGAGGAUUGAGAUCACUGAUCUACCUCAGCUCGUGGCUGCAUUCCACAGCUUGGUGGGUGCUGCUGCUGUGCUCACCUGUAUUGCAACAUACCUCCACGACUUCCCUCACUUUGCCACUGACCCUGCUGCCAAUGCUAUUAAGACAGCCCUCUUCUUGGGUACCUACAUUGGAGGUGUGACCUUCAGUGGUUCCUUGGUUGCCUACGGAAAGCUGCAAGGGCUGCUGAACUCUGCCCCCCUCCUCCUCCCUGGCCGCCAUGCCCUCAAUGCUAGUCUCCUUGCAGCUAAUGUUGGUGCCAUGGCUUACUACUUCAUCGACCCAUCCCUCAAUGCUGGACUGUCCAUGCUCGGAGCCACCACCACCCUCUCUGCUGUCAUGGGUGUCACACUUACCAUGGCCAUUGGUGGUGCUGACAUGCCUGUUGUGAUCACGGUUUUGAACAGUUACUCUGGCUGGGCCCUCUGCGCUGAAGGUUUCAUGUUGAAUAACAAUUUGAUGACUGUUGUGGGUGCCCUCAUUGGUUCUUCUGGUGCCAUCCUUUCUUACAUUAUGUGUAAGGCCAUGAACAGAUCUCUCCCCAAUGUUAUUUUGGGAGGUUUCGGCACAUCCUCCACUGGCUCAGGCAAACCCAUGGAAAUUACCGGUACCCACACAGAGACCAAUGUCGAGCAGACUGUAGAGAUGAUGACCAAUGCCAAGAAUAUCAUUAUUGUCCCUGGUUACGGCUUGUGCGUUGCCAAGGCUCAGUACCCCAUUGCCGAGAUGGUUGACAUUCUGAAGAAGAAGGGCAAGAAUGUGCGCUUCGGCAUCCAUCCCGUGGCUGGGCGUAUGCCUGGGCAGCUGAACGUGCUCUUGGCUGAAGCUGGUGUCCCCUAUGAUGUCGUGCUGGAGAUGGACGAAAUCAACGACGACUUCCCUGAGACUGACCUGGUGUUGGUCAUCGGUGCCAACGAUACGGUCAACUCUGCUGCAGAAGAUGACCCCAACUCCAUCAUCGCCGGCAUGCCCGUACUUCGCGUCUGGCUUUCACAACAGGUCAUUGUUAUGAAGAGAUCCCUUGGUGUCGGCUACGCUGCUGUUGACAAUCCCAUCUUCUUCAAGGAGAACACUAACAUGUUGCUCGGAGAUGCUAAGAAGACCUGCGAUGCCCUUUUGACCAAGCUCAAGGAACACUACGAUUAGAUUUUUAGUUUGAAGCCGAGCAGCUUUAUCAUGUGCCAUAUUGUCACCAAGCUGUUUGAUGGAUUUUUCAAUGUGAAGAACCCAAAAAAUCACAACAGUGCUUUAAAUUGGUCUGUUAAUUUUUUGCAAGGAAUAUACUGUAUAUGAUUUUUGAUCUGUAACUUUGAUAUAGGGAAACCAUCAAAAUUAUUAUUUUUUAUUUAAAAUUGUAUAUAAAUUUUAAGCCGUUUUAAGAAGUUACUCCCCCUAAUUCCCUCCCCAGUGAAAAAAUGGACAAUAGGGGUAUUAGCAGGAUCUUAGUUAAUGUAUUGUAUAAAGUUCAUGUAAAGUAUUGUAUUUUCUCAUCCAGAUGUUUUCCACAAAAGCAUCUUGCUUGGCGAACUUGUAGUGAUUGUUGAAGUACGUAGGGUGGCGAUCAAUGGCAAAAAUGGUCCGUGUGUUUGUCACGGGUUCAACGUGUGUGUGUUCGGGUUAUGAGAGAAUUUUAUUUUAGUCGGUAAAUAAAUAAUAAUAAAA